AUGUUGUUCAAGUCAGUUACCGCUGCUGCCCUUCUGGCUUACACAGCCGCUGCCCAUCGUGUGUUCCCGCGAGCAGAUGGGAACUCUACAAGGCUUUGCGGUACCCCUGAACCUACCGAAGCCCAAAUAGCUGCCUCACAGAUUAUGCUUGCCAAGGAGCGGGAGAUGCGUGCUAAGGGCGAAUUUCGGGCCCUUAGAUCAUUCAGCGUAAACGCUUAUUUCCAUGUUGUAGCGGCAUCUACAUCGGUCGACGAUGGUUACCUUACCCAAAAAAUGAUUGACGACCAGCUUGACGUUAUGAAUGCUGCCUACGGUGUACACGGCAUUACGUUCAACCUGGUUAGCACUGACUGGACCGUGAACCGCAGCUGGGCCCAGGAUGGAGAUGAACUUGGAAUGAAGAGGGCUCUUCGCAAAGGCACCUACUCUGAUCUCAAUAUUUAUUUCCUCGGCGAUCUCGGCGGUGGAUUGCUUGGGUACUGCUACUUCCCGGACAACGUUUCUGAGGGAUCAACUCAGUUUUACGAGGACGGAUGCACAAUAUUAGGUGCUAGCGUCCCUGGGGGUAGCGCCGAGCCGUAUAAUUUAGGCGGGACCGCGAUACACGAGGUCGGUCACUGGAUGAACCUCUAUCAUACAUUCCAAGGAGCCUGUAGCGAGACUCAGGGCGAUUUGGUUUCAGAUACUCCUGCUCAAGCUUCUGCAACGUCAGGCUGUCCAAGCUCCCGUGAUUCCUGCCCUGGUGGUGGUGUUGACCCUAUCCAUAACUAUAUGGAUUAUAGCGAUGAUAUUUGCUACGAGGAGUUUACCCCGGGACAGGAAGACCGCAUGUAUAGCGGAUGGUCGACAUAUCGUUCUUGA